UUAGUCAGCCAGCCGCGCUGGCGGGCGCGCUUCAUCCUGUAAGACCUUGAAGCCCGCAAGGCGGGCUGAGGGGCCGCAGGGCGGGGAGCUGGGAGGCAUGGCGCGGCCCGAUGACGAGGUGGGGCCGGCCGUGGCGCCCGGGCACCCGCUGGAGAAGGGGUACCUUCCGGUGCCCAGGGGCGCCCCGGAUGGGGAGGCGUGCGUGGAGCCGCAUGACGGGCCUGAGGCGCUGAACGGAGGCCCGGGGCUCGGCCGGCUUGUCGCGGGAGCCCCGGAAGGGCCGCAAACCCUGCUAGCGGCGGAGGAGGAGACCCAGGCCCGGCUGCUGCCCGCGGGCGGCGGGGAGGAUGUCCCGUGUCCCGCGCGCCCCCCGCGCACCGCGCUGUCGCCCCGGCGCUUCGUGGUGCUGCUCAUCUUCAGCCUUUACUCGCUGGUGAACGCCUUCCAGUGGAUUCAGUACAGCAGCAUCAGCAACGUGUUCGAGGACUUCUACCAAGUGUCGCCGCUGCACAUCAACUGGCUGUCCAUGGUGUACAUGGUGGCCUACGUGCCCCUCAUCUUCCCGGCCACCUGGCUGCUGGACACGCGAGGCCUGAGGCUCACGGCGCUGCUGGGCUCCGGCCUCAACUGCCUGGGCGCCUGGGUCAAGUGCGGCAGCGUGAAGCAGCACCUCUUCUGGGUCACCAUGCUGGGGCAGAUCCUGUGCUCGGUGGCCCAGGUCUUCAUCCUAGGCUUACCCUCCCCCGUCGCCUCGGUAUGGUUUGGACCCAAGGAGGUGUCGACGGCUUGUGCCACAGCUGUGCUGGGCAAUCAGCUUGGAACUGCAGUUGGCUUUUUGUUGCCACCCGUUCUAGUGCCCAAGACACAGAAUAACAACACAGGCCUCCUGGCUGACACACAGAAUAGCACAGACCUCCUGGAUGACACACAGAAUAGCACAGACCUCCUAGCUGACAACAUCAGCAUCAUGUUUUAUGGAACAGCAUUUGUCUCCACAUUUUUAUUUUUUUUAACAGUAAUUGCAUUCAAGGAGAGGCCUCUGCUGCCACCGAGUCAGGCGCAGGCAGUUCUUCGAGACAGCCCCCCUGCGGAGUACUCCUAUAAGACUUCUAUCUGCAACCUGUUCAGGAACGUCCCCUUUGUUCUUCUGCUGAUCAGUUAUGGUAUAAUGACUGGAGCAUUUUAUUCAGUUUCAACGUUAUUAAAUCAGAUAAUAUUGACACAUUAUGAGGGAGAAGAAGUGAAUGCUGGAAGGAUCGGGCUAACACUGGUGGUCGCUGGGAUGGUGGGCUCUAUUCUUUGUGGCUUAUGGCUGGAUUACACCAAAACCUACAAGCAGACAACUCUGAUAGUGUACAUUUUGUCUUUCGUUGGAAUGGUCAUAUUUACUUUCACACUGAAACUCGGGUACAUCAUCGUGGUGUUUUUUACUGGUGGGAUCCUUGGCUUCUUCAUGACUGGCUACCUCCCCCUGGGCUUUGAAUUUGCUGUGGAGAUCACUUACCCUGAGUCUGAGGGCACAUCCUCGGGGCUCCUCAAUACUGCUGCACAGAUAUUUGGAAUCUUGUUCACAUUGGCUCAAGGAAAGCUCACAACGGACUAUAAUCCAGAGGCAGGAAACAUUUUCCUCUGUGCCUGGAUGUUCGUCGGCAUCAUUUUAACAGCAUUGAUCAAGUCUGAUCUGAGAAGACACAACAUAAACACCGGGCUCACAAACAGUGACGUUAAAGCUGUACCAGUUGAUAGUCUGAUAGAUCAAAAACCAAAAGCGAUGGUGUCUGUACAGUUGGAGUCUUCACUCUGAGGAAGGGAAGGCCGCUGCCUCUCAACAUGGGGAUGUGGCGUCGUCUGUGGGCAGCUGUGUGAGUUGUGAGACACUUGAAAAUUAUCGGAUGAAUUCCGAAUAUUAUGUUGAUUUGGGCAAUAAUUUUGCUUAAAGUGCUCUUGCUCACCUCGUGUUAACACUCCCGUUCACGUAAUACGGUCUAUUUUCAGUCGUGUGUUGUGUACCUGAAAGUAACAUUCUUGACAUUUUUUUCAGGAUGCUUUGGUGUUUUUUAUGGGAGUCUAGUUCCUGUAAGACAUGGGGGUGCACAAUUCACACACAAACAUAUCCAGUAUAUUAUCCCCAGUCAGUUAUCACCUCACUGUACUGACACGUCAGGGUCACAGUGUGAGCGCAGAAUACCACUCGGACAGGGCUGGGGUCGAGGUUCCCAUGCCUCAUAGCUUGUUGUACAGUGUACUGUGACACUUUCUGGCCCAUAAAAACAAACAAACAAACAAACAAGACAGUUCUAUGCACAGACUAAGUUCAUUAUUCUCCAGUUAGCCAGGGAGCUGAGACACACAGAGGUCCUCUGAGGUCCUCGCUCUGCUGCCCUCAUGCAGAUAAUGCGAAUGCAGCACAACUUGGAAUAGCAGCUUUACACCCGUUGUCCAUUUUCACUCUCUUAAAAGAAACUUUCAUCCCCUGUGCUCCGGGAUAGCUCAUGUUUCUUAUGUCACACCUAUAUUUUGCCUUGAAGAUGCCUAAGAUAAGGAAGUCUGUGAUAACUUCAGAGAGCCCACACAUCUCCAUUCUGUGGAGAGCCCUUGACAUCCUAGCUGCUGUGUUCCAGGAUCAUCCCUCUGACCACUGUUUUUGAGGACUGCCAGCUUUCGCACAUGUUCCAUGAAUGCCGGGAACGGGUUCUGCUGCACCACAGAGUGUGUGCACUCGGUACUCUAUGGACACUCUCUUAACACACUCAGGACAAGGCGAAUGGGACCAAGUGUAUUUUCACAGUGCCUGCCACUGUGUCCUGUUUACAGCAAGAAUUAAAUGUCUUUGAUGUUUUGACUCUUAAGCUUAUGUUCAUGACAUUUGAUCAACCAUACUAUUUACGUAGUGUGAUUUUGUGAAUUUUACAAAAAAUUUACAUAAUAUAAAAGUGCACAUAGAAGAGAUAAUCAUGUAAUGAAUAUGGUGGAGCAAAUGCAGCUUUGAUUUAGGCAAAGCAUGCAUUGAUUUGUCUUGGUAUUAUAUUAUUCUCUUUUAUCAAUUACUAUAAAUUAUGUGGAAUUUGACACUGGAUCACUCAGGAUCAGGAAUUCUGGUUUUGUGUCCUGGCAUGCUCCUGCCUUGGUAACUCGGGACACACCAUUUACCCUCUCUGAGAGGCAGCAUUUUCCUGAUCCAUGAAAUAAUGCGUUCACACUGAUCUCAAAGAUCUUUUUAAAAUACUGUCAAUCAUCACGAAGCAAACCAAAUCACUGUACCACAGGAAUUCAGUCAGUCUGUAAUGGUUCAGGCAGGACCUGCAUCGUCAACAGUUUCUUCGGUGUUGAUGUCAGAGGUUACAAAGGACCAAAAAUGCACUGUCUCCCCCAGCUGUUUCUAUUUUUAAAUUGACAGUGUUGUUUACGGUAAUCAUAGACAUGUUAGCUCCUGACGCUUUGAACAAGUUACAGAUGCCAGUUGGAAUACUUAAUGUCUGAAGUAUAUUCUUGUUUUGUCUUUCAUUGUUUGGAACAGGGACAAAGUGUGAUGUAAUAAUGCAAAAAGAAUUGAUGAUAUUCUCAGUGUUUUAAGUGGUAAUGUAUUAGGGAAGACUUUGAUACAAUUCUGUGUGUAGGUUUAGAAGUAGCAGUUGUCACCGCCUGUGUCCGCUUUAGUCAGAAGCUGCUGCAUCUGUAAAUGCUGUGACAUAGCUUUUGUCUUGAGGAUAUCGGAGGAAUAGCAUUGAAAAUGUUUAUGCAGUAACUGGAAUGGCACCUGUGUCUGAUGUCAUCAUCCCUGUUCUUAUUUUUGCUAUUUUUUAUAAUUUCUUUAUGUGCCUGUUCUUCAUUAUUUCAUACUUAAAAUAAAUUUAUUUUUUUAAUGCUAACUUUA